AAUUUGAUUCAUCCAGAGAAAUCGUAUUCAUUUCAAAAGUGUUAGAAUUCAUUUUGAGGUACCUAUUCAAGUAUGUGAAUACCCGAGCCCCGAGCUGUAUUCGAGUACUUUUAUAUUCUGUAUUCGAUUUCCAAUCACCACUGCAAUUUUUAUUUCCGUUUACUGCUUCACCAAUGCCUUUUAGCCUUUUGAGCUAACUGAGAAAAAAAACUUUCUACUGCUAGGGAUAGCCUACACAGUGUACAUGAAACCAACACAAGUAGUCAUCAAGUCAAUAUUUACUACUAUUUAACACUGUUCUUCACUAUACUGUAAUUGACAGUACUUGAAGUUGGAAUUGAAGUGCAGACGUUUCACCUAUAAUAAUACGUUUCAGUGAACCAAAUAAUGGGCGAUUCAUUCCUUACUUUCUUACUAUCAGAGAUUGAGUUGUGCUUGAAUCAUCGACAGGGAUUUCUUCAUGUGAAGGAUUUUAACAAAGAAAAUGGAAAUCCAGGUUCACUUUUGACCAAUGUGAUACUUCAAACCUCAGGGAGCCAGAAUGGUGGAGAACCCCUUUCUGUUAUACAGAAAGCUGAGUUCAGACAGUGGAUUGAGUACAUUUCUAUUUAUGGACACCUCUUGCAAAAUUCUUCAUCAUCCCAACCAGUGCUCAAGGAACUCAACGAUGUAUUAUGUGCGAAAUCAUUUUUUACAAGCAGUUCAUAUCCAACCAUUAUUGAUGCAGUGUUUUAUGGUAUUCUUCACAAAAUUAUGAGCUCUAUUACCUUCCAAGAAAAGGAACAAUAUGUGAACCUGUCUCUGUGGUUUAACACCCAUUGUGCGGCACUCCAGAAGUAUGGUAACUUUCAGCAAGAAUACUAUGUAUACAUAAUGUUUCAGAGCUCCAUUACCUUCCAAGAAAAGGAACAAUAUGUGAACCUGUCUCGGUGGUUUAACACCAUCCAGCAUGAUUCCAUUGUGCGGCGCUCCAGAAGUAUGGUAACUUUCAGCAAGAAUACGUUGUAUACUUAAUGUCAACAUUACCUGAUAUUACUUUGUAAUAAAAAGUUUCAUUUACAA